CUUCCUCUUUCAGACCGGGCUAGAGAAACCGAAACCGAGCCGAUCCGUUACAACAGCACAGCUUGCUCUUCCUCCACCGAAGCUAGGGUUUUAAUGAUUCACCAAUCUUUCUCAGUCUCUGCUACCUGUUCCUACUUUUCUCGCUGAAAGCUUGGGCUCGGUUAUCUCUUCCCCCCCCCCCCAUUGCUUUUUCAUUUUUCAAGAUCGCGGAUUUGUCUGCACAUCUUCAUGUUUUCGAGACAUUGAAACUUGGAGUUCUAGGGGCCAAGAUCUGAUUAAAAUGCAGGGAAAGAUUUACACUACUCCUCCACCACCUCAGCUCUCUGAUUCCAAUAGACGGAUAAUCGACACAAAUGGGCCGUCGAAGCGAGUCUAUCAAGUCUGGAAAGGAAGCAACAGAUUCUUCCUGGGUGGUAGGCUUAUAUUCGGUCCAGAUGUAAGGUCACUGGCACUUACAAUAUUUCUAAUUGUAACUCCAGUGAUCCUAUUUAGUGUUUUUGUUUCUCGAAGGCUUGUUAAUGAGUUUCCUCACCAUCUUGGCAAUCUCAUAGUAGCAAUUUGCGUGGUUUUCACAGCAUAUAUUAUUAUUCUUCUCUUUCUUACUUCUGGGAGAGAUCCGGGUAUUAUUCCUCGUAAUCCUCACCCUCCAGAACCGGAUGAUGAAAGUGAAGUAGCCUCUACUGUAUCUUCAAGCUGGACAGGAAGUCAGGGUGGGGUCCCAAGUUUGCCACCCGUAAAAGAUGUCAUUGUCAAUGGAAUGAUAGUUAAGGUCAAGUACUGCCACACAUGCAUGUUAUAUCGUCCACCCCGAUGCUCUCAUUGCUCCAUUUGCAAUAACUGUGUUGAGCGUUUUGAUCACCAUUGCCCCUGGGUGGGGCAGUGUAUCGGGAAGAGAAAUUACCGAUUCUUUUUCAUGUUUGUGUCCUCUACAACCAUGCUGUGCUUUUAUGUUUUUGUAUUCUGCUGGGUAAACAUCAAGAAGAUAAUGGAUGCAGAAUAUUGUAAUGUCUGGAAAGCUCUUCUGAGAUCCCCACUCUCAGGGAUUCUUAUAUUAUACACAUUCUUAGCUGUUUGGUUUGUUGGAGGACUAACGGCAUUUCAUCUCUACUUAAUUUGCACCAAUCAGACAACAUAUGAAAACUUCCGGUAUCGGUAUGAUAGACGGACAAACCCUUAUAACCUUGGAUGGGCUCGCAAUAUUAGGGAAAUCUUAUUCUCUAAAAUUCCAAGUUCUAAAAACAACUUCAGGGCAAGGAUAAAGGAGGACUCAUCCUCUGCCUUCGCCCCCUCACUCUCAUUGGGCCAUGUCAUGAGCCCAGAGAUGCCUAAAACAAGCUUUGACAUUGAGAUGGGUGGGAAACGACAGGCUGUUGUUGCAGAGGAAUUUGAAGACAUACAGAGUCAAAUAGGGAGUGUUGCUAGUUUAGAGAGAUGUGGAACCCAGCCAAGACACACAAACGUAGGCGAGAAGGGCAACUGGGAGAUAACGCCUGAUAUAAAUGCGUUGGCUGCAGAGUUUGGAACUCAACAGGGCUUAAGUGAUAGAGAGAAGAUUCACGGGUCCCUUAAGGUAUGAGGAGACAAUAUAGGAAGAAUACCUGUUUGGUUGUUGAAACUGGCGAAGAAUUACUUCUCUGGAUGACUGGAACAAGAUGCAGAAAUUGCUGAAAAGUCGAGCUGCAUAUUCCCAACAAACGCACCUGCACCUAAUUGUCUUCCAGAGAAAGAAUUGAGGGAUAGCUAUUUUGUACAAUAAAACUGUAUGGUCAGAGUGGGGGGGUUGUGACAUGUUAGUUUUGCUUGGACUAGAGAUUAAAUUCUGCCAAAACCGGCCCUGGAUUUUACGUGGACAUUGAUGUUGUGUGGAAUGUAAAUUGUUUAUGAGUGUGAGGUACUAAGGUGUUUCUUGUCAGAGGAUUGGCCUCCGACAAACUGGAGAGGUCUACCUUUAGUGUAUUUUAUCUGAAGUGAAAUUGUCUUAGUUUGUGAGGGAACUCAACUGACUGGCUCCGAUGGAUUAAUCUCAACCUACUCUUGCUAUA